UGAGUAGUCUACAGCACAGAGGAGUACUUGAGCAGUUCACCUUGUUAGCCAAUCUGCAUUUGUUGAAGUAAUGGGCCUUCAUUAAUACUUUCUCCUACCCUCGAUUUUCUCUCUCCUUUCUCAGAAUUCACACUUCCUUCUUGGGACGAGGAACUGUCCUUCCCCAUAUGAAAGCUCCAACUCAUUUGAGCCCACUUUAAUGCCCUGACCCCAUUUUCUUCCACUCCGUACUCAUUAAAGAUUCAAUUUUGUCCUCCAUUGUUACUUAUAAACUCUACUACCACUUGUCACUUCUUCUUGCCUUGCACCUGUUCCUUCCCACUAUCACCCUUAAUUAGUAACAUUUUUGUGUUUGUUGUGAAAAAAAGAGAUGAGUUUUGGAAUAAGCCCUGGAAAUGUGGCUGUGCACCAUGGGAGCUGCACUGCUAAAGUGGCUAUUGAAAGGAGGGUCAAAAUUGCUGAAAUGGUGUUAAGGGUUUUGAUUCUAGGAUUGGGUGUUGUUGCUGCUGCUCUUAUUGGGUUUGAUAGUGAGGUCAAGGUCAUCUUCUCCAUCACUAAGAAGGCUACUUUCACUGACAUGAAGUCCCUUGUGUUCUUGGUGGUAGCUAAUGGGAUAGUAGCUGCAUAUUCAAUGUUGCAAUUAGUGAGAUGUAUUCUGGGAAUGAUAAGAGGAAGUGUUCUCUUUAGCAAACCUCUAGCCUGGCUCAUCUUUUCUGGUGAUCAGGUGAUGGCAUAUCUGAUCCUUGCAGCAGUAGCAACAACUGCAGAGUCAUCUGUGAUUGGAAAGUUCGGACAAACAGAACUGCAAUGGAUGAAGACUUGUGGUUUCUAUGAGAAGUUCUGUAACCAAAUUGCACAAGGAAUAGCAAGUUCUGUGGUGGUUAGUCUUUGCACAGUUAUUCUCUCUUGCAUCUCCGCUUACAGCCUCUUUCGCUUAUAUGGAGGGAACAAAGGGAAGAGCGACACAAGAUGGUAGGUGAGUAGAAUAGCAAUGUGUAUACUUACAUAUAUUUAUGUAUAUUUAGUAUGGCUCGUUUCUGAUGUAGUUGUUUCAUUAUCAGUGUAAUUGUGUCUCAAAAGCAUUUUGUUGAUGUUGCUAUGGUAAAGUUUAGUGUGUAUGUAAGUAAUUGUUUGCUCGUGGCGGAAGAACUGUUAGUUAGUCCAUAGUACAAGUUUACAAGUUUACAAGUUUAAAGCAA